ACGAAACCAAAUCCAAUUCUCUCUCUCUCUCUCUCUCUCUCUCUCUCUCUCCUAGAAGGUUAACCCUAACCCCAAAUCUCCUUGACAUGACUUGAGCUAAGAGCCCAGUACGUCUAAGCUCCAUUACUGGUCGAAUCAAAAAAAUUAGAAUUAAAAAUAGAAAGGCAGAAAACGAUGCCGUCUCAUGGUGACCUGGACCGGCAGAUCGAGCACCUGAUGCAGUGUAAGCCACUGACGGAAGCGGAAGUGAAGGCACUGUGCGAGCAAGCAAGAGCGAUCCUGGUGGAGGAAUGGAACGUGCAGCCCGUCAAAUGCCCCGUCACUGUCUGCGGUGAUAUUCACGGCCAGUUCCAUGAUCUUGUCGAGCUCUUUCGCAUCGGUGGAAACGCCCCCGACACUAACUAUCUUUUCAUGGGCGACUAUGUCGAUCGAGGAUAUUACUCAGUGGAAACUGUGACUCUUUUAGUAGCUCUGAAAGUUCGAUAUAGAGAUAGGAUUACAAUUCUAAGAGGAAAUCAUGAGAGUCGUCAAAUAACUCAAGUGUAUGGGUUUUAUGAUGAAUGCUUAAGAAAAUAUGGAAAUGCCAAUGUCUGGAAAUAUUUCACUGACCUCUUUGAUUAUCUGCCACUUACAGCCCUAAUUGAGAGUCAGAUCUUUUGCUUGCAUGGUGGUCUUUCUCCAUCUUUAGAUACAUUGGAUAAUAUCCGCUCCUUGGACCGAAUGCAAGAGGUUCCUCAUGAAGGUCCAAUGUGUGAUCUCUUAUGGUCUGAUCCAGAUGAUCGUUGUGGUUGGGGAAUUUCUCCACGAGGAGCUGGAUACACUUUUGGACAAGAUAUAUCUCAACAGUUCAACCACACUAAUGGGCUUACUCUCAUUUCUAGAGCUCACCAGCUUGUCAUGGAAGGAUACAAUUGGUCCCAGGACAAGAAUGUGGUUACUGUUUUCAGUGCACCAAACUACUGCUAUCGGUGUGGGAAUAUGGCUGCAAUACUUGAGAUUGGGGAUAAUAUGGAGCAGAAUUUCCUUCAAUUUGAUCCAGCACCACGUCAGGUUGAACCUGACACCACACGCAGAACUCCUGACUAUUUUUUGUAAUUGUCACAGCAUGCCCUCAGCGGGCAAUUUUUCAAAUUCUCUGUCAUGGUUUUGUAGAGGAAUCUUAUAGAAUAGGGGAUUUUUGGAGUUUACCUGAUAAAGGGACAAAAAGAAACAUUGUCAUUGUCAUUCUUUUGGUUGGAAUUGUUCUACUGGUUCUGCAUUUAUGUGAAUUUAUAGGUUACUUUGUAGUUGGUUUUUGUCUUGUAUUUUAGAAAGUGAAGGAACAGCAAUAACAAGGUAUUCUUAUGCGAUUGCACACUCAAA